CAAUGACAAACCACCCGCCAUAUUUACGUGGUCUCCUUCCACCCUCAUAUCCUAUUUCUCUCUCUAAAAUUUCCAAUUUUUUUCUUCUAUCGCACGUCAAUCUUCAAUCCUCUCUCACUCUCUCUUCACUCAAAAACCUUGAAGAAAUCUCUACAAUGGCGGAAUCUUCCAUUGGUGGUGGUGGUGGUGGUGGAGGAGGAGCUCUUGUUCCUUCAAUGAAAACUGAUUCUCCGCUUGAAACUUCAUCUGGUGAUGGUGGUGAAUCAAUUGCCUGCGAUAAGGAUUUUCUAUGUCCGAUUUGCAUGCAGAUUAUUAAAGAUGCUUUUCUAACUGCUUGUGGACAUAGCUAUUGUUACAUGUGUAUUUUCACUCAUCUUCGUAAUAAAUGCAAUUGCCCUUGCUGUGGUCGUUUUCUCACUCCUAAGCUUAUUUUCCCUAAUUUCGCUCUCGAUAAGAUUUUGAAAAAGAUGUCCAAUCAUCAGUUUGCAAAAAAUGCCUCUUCAAGUGAUCAAAUUCGCCGAGCACUGCAGCAGGGCUGUGAUGUGUCUGUGAAGGAUCUUGAUUGCCUUUUGUCACUACUAGCAGAAAAAAAGAGAAAGAUGGAGCAAGAGGAAGCUGAGACAAAUUUGCAACUUCUUCUCGAGUUUUUGGUGUCUUUGAGGAAAAGAAAAUUAGAAGAGCUUAGUCAGAUACAAAAUGAUCUCCAGUACAUCAAAGAGGAUAUAGAUGCUGUUCAAAAAUACACAAGAGAUCUGUGGAAUGUAAAUAAGAGUUGUACAGCCAGAUUGAGUUUGAGAGAGGAUGAUUUAGAUAUAACAGGCAUUUGUCCAAUAGCACCGAGGUCCUUGGCCGGUGGUUCUGCUACACAGCAAGUCAUGUUAUCAGGUCUACUAUGUGGAGGAGACAGUGUGAGUGGUCGAUGUUCUAAAGAAACUUUAGAAAAUGAUUUUCGUGCUGGCCUUGAAUUGUAUCAGCUGGCUCCAACAGAAAGAUUUAAAGCAAGGAAAAGGCAGGUUGAGACUCAGUUCAGUGACCUGCAAGAGUGUUACUUGCAAAAAAGGAGGCACUGGGACAAACAAAAACAAGCUGCAGAAAGGGAUCUGAGUAAUAAGAAUAGCUUUGGGUACCAUGAAGGACUUGAGGAUUUCAAGUCUGUGCUGACUUCUUGUACUCGAUACAGCCAAUUGAAGGUUGUUUCAGAGUUGAGGCUUGGCAAUGUUUUUCACUCAGCCAAUAUUAUAUCCAGCAUUGAAUUUGACAGAGAUCAUGAUUUGUUUGCAACUGCUGGUGUCUCCAAGAGGAUUAAAGUUUUUGAGUUUUCCUCUGUGGUUGAUGAACCAGCAGAAGUUCACUGCGCUGUUGUUGACAUUGCUACACGAUCCAAGCUAAGUUGUUUAAGUUGGAAUACGUACACCAAAAAUUUCAUUGCAAGCAGUGACUACGAGGGCAUUGUUACUGUUUGGGAUGUUUCUACUCGUCAGAGUGUUGGAGAAUAUGAGGAGCAUGACAAACGGGCUUGGAGUGUGGAUUUUUCUCGUACUCAACCUUCACUGCUGGUAUCCGGCGGUGAUGACUGCAAGGGGUGUGUGACUACAUAUAUGACCACCAGGACAGAGGCAUCAACAGCAAUGGUGGUGGUUAAAAUCUGGUGCACCAAACAGGAAAGGAGUGUUCUUAAUAUUGACAUGAACGCAAAUAUUUGUUCUGUGAAGUGUAAUCCUGGAUCUAGCAUGCAUGUGGCUGUGGGCUCUGCUGAUCAUAAUAUACACUAUUAUGACUUAAGAAACAUUAGUCAGCCUAUCCAUGUCUUCUCUGGGCAUAGAAAAGCUGUUUCUUACGUCAAAUUCUUGUCCUCUACCGAGCUGGCCUCUGCAUCAACUGAUAGCUCAUUGCGCUUGUGGGAUGUCAAGGAAAAUAAGCUGCUUCAGAUUUAUAGAGGCCAUGUGAACGAGAAGAAUUUUGUCGGCCUCACAGCAAAUAGUGAAUACCUUUCUUGUGGUAGUGAAACAAACGAGGUCUUUGUUUAUCACAAGGCUAUCUCUAAGCCUGUCGCUCGGUACAAGUUCAAUACUUCAGAAUUUAACAAUGCUGAUCAUGAUAGAGGGUCGUACUUCAUUAGUUCGGUGUGUUGGAAGACUGAUAGCCCAGUGAUUAUGGCCGCUAACAGUCAAGGAAAUGUCAAAAUACUUUCUCUUGCUGCAUGAGCUAAAUUAUAAAGGUAGAUAGGAUAUGGAAAAUGCUUGUUACUUCCUUCUAGCUGAAGCCUUUUGCGUAUAUAUGUGAUCAGUUAUAUAUAGUUCAUUAUCCUCGGUAGUAUUGUGAAUCAAUCUCGUAACUAUUAGAUUUUCUCCUUCCUCAUGAAUCAUAGAGACUAGAUCAUGCAAAGUUCAAUCUAAUUCUGGUUCUAGGGUGAAGGUUUCCGGCAAGUAAUGAUGGGUAUUUUUCGAAUUUACGCGCCUUAUUAUUGAUGAGUUGGCCUAUUGCAAGGUUUUUUACAGGUCUGCAAAAACGCACUAGAUAAGGAUUUCAUAUCAUGCAAUACUUUGUCACCCUUUGAAAGACUGGUUUCUGAUUACUUGUUUAUAAGGAAAGAUUCUGUUCAUAAAAAUUGAAAAUGUUGAAGUGGUUGUAAUUUUGCCAGUAAGUGGCAUCAAAUUACGUGAUCGGAGAACUGUGCAACAGUGCAAGUAUAUUGUAAAGAUUAAUUUACUUGUAGGUCAAGCACAUGAUAAGUGAAGUAUCUUCGGUUCUUCACUUGUUCAGCAACAUUAUAAAUUCAUAGCUCGUAAUUCACAACCAGGUAGGGCUGGGGCAAGCAAAUACGGGAUUAGAUUCUCCCCGGAUAAUGUAAUUUACUCAGGAUCUAAAUAUAUUUGAAACGACUCUAACUACAUUAUUGUACAAUGAAAGUAUUAUGUAUCUAUUACACGUAAAAUCAAUCUGUAAAAUUUCAUAG